AUUUUGUUCGUUUUAUUUUCUGUUGAAAGAAAAAACUUUUUCAUCUGAUUUUCAGGUGUUAUCUAGUGAUCUGAACUUUGGUGUUUUAUGGGUGUCUUUUAGGUGGCAAAUUUGCGACUUUUGGAAAUCUGAGUUGGCAACACUGUUUGUUGAUUGUUGAUGAUAUGUUGAUUGUGUUAGGUGGCUUAUAAUUGUGUUGAAAAAAAGGGAGGCUAGUUAUUGAAUUGCAAAAUAGAAAUCCAAGAAGGAAACGUACAUAUUACAUCUCGAAGAUUAAUUAAUAGAAAAUGUUAGUUUUAGUUUUGGGUGAUUUACACAUUCCUCAUAGAUGUAGCAGUUUACCAGCAAAGUUCAAGAAACUCCUAGUACCAGGAAGAAUACAACACAUACUCUGCACUGGGAAUUUAUGCACUAAGGAAUCUUAUGAUUAUCUGAAAACAUUAGCUAGUGAUGUGCAUGUAGUUCGUGGUGAUUUUGAUGAUAAUUUGAAUUAUCCUGAACAAAAAGUAGUAACUGUUGGCCAGUUUAGGAUAGGUUUGUCUCAUGGCCAUCAAGUUGUGCCUUGGGGAGAUCCAGAAUCCAUAGCCUUGAUCCAGAGGCAAUUAGAUGUAGAUAUUUUGAUAUCUGGCCAUACUCAUAAAUUUGAAGCUUAUGAGCAUGAAAAUAAAUUUUACAUCAAUCCUGGAUCUGCUACAGGAGCAUACAAUGCUUUAGACCCAUCAAUCACCCCUUCCUUUGUUCUGAUGGAUAUUCAAAAUACAACUGUGGUUACUUAUGUGUACCAAUUGGUUGGUGAAGAUGUCAAAGUAGAAAGAAUUGAGUAUAAGAAGAAUUGAUACAGUUUGUGAUAGAGGUCUGAUUUGAAAUUAUCUUAUAGAUCAUCAAUUUUGAAGUAGGUAUAUAAUAUCUGCAAACGAAUUAU